AUGUGUUUAGGUGAAGCCAAGUCACGUUUCGAACACGAUGAUCUUAUGGAAAGGGGAAGGGCCUUGGUUGAAGAGAGUAUCCAAUUCGGUGUUACUAAUAUGAGAGCUUUUGUUGAAGUAGACUUCGGUGUGGGGAUGAAAUGCUUGGAUGCUGGAUUGGCACUGAAAAGAGAAUUCUAUGACAAGUGUUAUAUUCAAAUCUGCGUAUUUGCCCAGGACCCAAUUUUCAGCUAUAACUACGGGUCUCCAUCAAUGACAGAUUUGCUCAAGCAGGCAAUCAAACGACCCGGAGUCGAGGUGAUUGGGAGCACCCCGUACGUCGAAAAGAGUUUUGCGCUCCAAGAAGAAAAUAUCCAAUGGACUAUUGGAACGGCGAAAUUGUACAAGUUACAUCUGGAUUUUCAUCUCGACUAUAAUCUAGAUGUCCACCAACAACCUGCUGUUCAUUCAGUGAUAGAAAGGCUUCACAGGGCUCAGUGGCCGACAGACAGAGAUAUUGCAGGGUUAAGCUUUCGAACAGUGGUACUUGGUCAUUGCACUCGACUCACGCUUUUCGAUAACAAUGCCUGGCAGAACCUACGUCGUGAAAUUGGCAACCUACCUGUCUCAUUUGUCGGACUCCCCACGUCGGAUCUAUUUAUGAUGGGACGGCCAGAAAAGGGAGCCGGCGGCAGUAGUAGAGUCAGAGGUACACUCCAAGUCAUUGAAAUGAUCAAGAAAUAUGAUUUCAAUGCAGCCAUAGGAAUUAAUAAUGUUGGUAAUGCCUUCACUCCUCAUGGCAAUUGUGAUCCUAUGAGUCUUACAAGUCUGGGUAUGGGCAUUUAUCAAGCAGGCACGAAGGCAGACGCUGAGAUCUUAUUGGAAUGUGUAUCUACAAGAGCGAGAGCAGCAAUCGGCCUUGAUAUCAUGCGUAACCUUAGAAUAGAAAUGGGAAGUCCUGCGAGUUUUGUUAUUUUUGGUACAAACGGAGCUCAGAACUUUAGAGCUAGGAAGUCAAUCCAGGAGUUAGCGUAUGACGCAGGUGUUGAACGAACGACUAUCUUCGAAGGAAAGGAGGUCAUCUUUUCAUGA